UUUUCUCCUAUUUAACGUACCAGUUAUGGACUAUUCACAACUUCACCAAUACACAUGCAGUUUCACUAUGAGGGGAAUUUUAUGACCAUAUUUAGGACUCGAUCGUUUGCACAGAGCACACUCAUUUGUUCUUUCACUUUCGAACAGGAAAAAGACAGAGUCAAAACCAUACAACGGAUCUCUCUGGGAGGACAACAGCCAAGGGCUGGAGAUAACCAUGUGCAGCCCAAUGCCAGAGCCUAUUUGUUUGGUGGAAAAUGUGAAUGGUUCACUGCGUGUGAGUGAUGCAGCCAUUGAGUACCUGUACAGGAUUAACCAGCCAGUGGUGGUGGUGUCUGUGGUGGGACUCUAUCGCACAGGAAAGUCUUACCUCAUGAACCGGCUGGCAGGAAAACAAGCUGGCUUUGCUCUGGGCAGCACCAUUGAGUCGAAGACUAAAGGUAUUUGGAUGUGGUGUGUGCCACACCCCCAUAACACAGGACACACUCUGGUGCUGCUGGACACUGAGGGACUGGGGGAUGUUGACAAGGGAGACUCUACAAAUGAUGCUUGGAUCUUCUGUCUAGCUGUUCUUCUCAGCAGCACUCUGGUCUACAACAGCCGUGGGACCAUCGACAACACAGCAGUGGAACAACUACACUAUGUCACUGAGCUUGCAGAGCAGAUUAAGAUCAAAUCACCUGCAUCCCGAGCAGCUGAGGAGAAGGAGGAAGAAGAAGACGCUCAGUUUGUUCAGUUUUUUCCUAACUUUAUCUGGGCGGUGCGUGAUUUUUCACUGGAGCUGGUGAUUGAUGAAAAGGGUCAAGUGACCGAAAAUGAGUACCUGGAUUUUGCCCUGCAGCUGAAGAAAGGUCUUAGUAUGAAGACCACGAACUACAAUCUUCCAAGGCAGUGUAUUCGAAACUAUUUUCCAACCCGGAAGUGCUUUGUUUUCCCGUUUCCUGCCUCACAGGACAAAAUGGUUCAGCUCGAGAGCCUGCAUGAGAGUGAAAUUUGGCCCAAAUUUCUCAAUGUUACACAGCAUUUUUGUGACUACGUCUUUACUGCAAGCAAAGUUAAAACAGUUACAGGAGGAUACAGAGUCACAGGGAGGAUGUUUGGUCACCUAGUGCAGUCGUAUGUAGAGACAAUCUCUAGUGGGAAAGUCCCUUGUCUGGAGAAUGCUGUGGUUGUAAUGGCGAGGAUUGAAAAUGAGGCAGCUGUGCAGGAGGGGCUUGAACUGUACACAAGUGGGAUGGAACAGGUGAAGAGUUUGUUUCCAGUCGAUUUGAAUAAACUUUCCGCUGAACACAAGAAGAUCAGCAAAAUGGCAAACACUGAAUUUAUAAAGCACUCCUUUAAAGAUGAAGAACAGGAAUACUUCAAGAAACUGAUGGAGGCAGUAAAUAAGCACUAUGUUGAGCUAAUUGCUCAGAACAUGGAGGCAUCAGAACAGAAGUGCCAGCAGAUUCUGUCUGAUCUAUUUGAGGAGAUGAACGUGCGCGUGCAGAGGGGGGAGUAUGCAAAGCCUGGAGGAUAUAAGCUCUAUUGCACACAAAGAGACAACGUCAUUACCCAGUACCACAGCCAACCCAACAAGGGAAUCCAGGCUGAGGUGGUGUUGGAGAGGUUUCUGAGUGAGAAAAGUAUGGAGGCAAAAUUAAUUCUCCAGACUGAUGAACAACUGACUGAAUGUGAGAAAAAGAUUCAAGAGGAGAAAGAACAAGCAACUCUGCUAGAGCAGCAGUGUAAAGUAGCACAGAAGAAAAAGCUGGAGAUGGAACAACUGAUGCAGGAGGAAAGAGAGAACCAUGUGCAAAGGUUGCAGCAGCUGGAGAGGAAGUUUGAGGAGGAAAAACUUCAGCAACAGCAAGAGCGGGACAGAGCGCUGGAGAGCAAACUGGCUGAACAUGAAGAACUCAUGACAAAAGGGUUUAAAGAGAAAGCCCAGAUGCUAGAACUGGAGAUUGAGCAACUUAAAGAAGAAGAAAAUAAACAAUCUGGCAGUGUUUUUAAGGAUUAUUUCAUGCCUUUUGUAGACAUUGCUAAAGAUGUGUUUUCCACAUACCUCCAAUAUAAAAUCCUGAGGAAAAGCCUGGCAAGCCCGUUCAUAUAAUGAACUUGUAAUUUAAGAAUCCAUGGAGAAGAAUCACUCAGUGAAUGAAUAUGAAAUAUUAUACACAAAGGGUAGGGUGAACAAAAAUAUCAGCACAUGAUGCUUUUUCCAAAACAUGGCAGUGAAAUUUACUGAAAGUUUAAGGCCCUUUUCCAAUUAUAGUCUUGCCUCCAUGUAUGGCUUAGGGCUGUGACUGAUUUUAGUUCGGCACUCAUGAAAGUAAAAUGCAGUGUAACAUUCACUGUUUUAGCUGCUAUACCAUAAAUGAUCAUAGGAACGAAUUUGUUUUACUAAUAUUAAAUGUAAUAAACAAACAAAAAAAAAAAUGUUUUUAUUUGCAAAUUACUGCAGUCAAAGGAAUAAAAUACUUUGGGAUGUGGUGUUCUUGGAAAAUAAUCAACUUUGGGGUGGUAGUGGCUGUUUCAUUAUUUGUCACAGCACUACUUAGUGUAUUCAUUACUUAUGGAAUAAAAAUCACUGCUAAAGUUCAAAUAAAGUUUAUAUACUGUUCACGUAAUAUCUCCAGCCUAAAGCACCAACCAAUGAAAUGUGUAGAAUAAUACAAAAUAUUGCACAUAUUGUUUGUACUAAAUUGUUUCAGAAAUGAAAACAAAAUCUAAGAUAAAACAGAGGCAACCUGAGUAAACACAAAAUACAGCUUUUAAAUGAUAAUGUUAUUUAUUGAAGCAAAAAAAGUUAUCCAACACCAACUGGACCUAUGUGAAAGUAUCAUCAAAACUGAAAUAAUACAAAUGGAAUUAUGGGAAUUACGUUGUCAUAAAAAAUGCUAAAUAAAUCAAUAUUUCAGCAUCUUCAAAGUAAAUACCCUUUUUGUCUAAAAUUUCCAGAAAUUUCCAGUAUUCUUGGAAUUUUCUCAACCGAUUUCUUGAGGAAUCCCCCUGAGAUGCAUUUUAAACAGUAUUAAAGGAGUUCCCACCUAUGCUGGACACUUAUUGGCUGUUUUUUUUUGGUAAUAUUUUGCUCCAAGUAAUCCAUUUUUAAAAAUUUUUUUUAAAAAUUGUAACUUAUGAUGUUACAAAAAUGUUUUCUAAUGAAAGAAAUGAAUGUUGGCACAAUUAUAUUUUUGUCUUCAA